GCCAACUGUUGCCUUUCCUGGACCAAAAACAGUGACGUCACAGACAAUUAUCGUUAUACCCCAAAUAUCAAGAACUCCAGUAGCACGUGUACUCUCCGGGAGUGUAUGUCCCUGUGUGCUUCCUCCCUCGAAUGUAGGUCCCUGGGGUUUGAUGAGGGAAAUUGUCUUUGCUAUGUGUUUGAUGAAUAUUCCACGUCUAAGACGGUAACUUAUCUUUCGAUACCCGGUUGGGAACACUUCGAUCUCCUUCAAGGUAAGGAGUCUGUCAUUGAAUUUUGCACGUUUGAUUAUGAAUACCAGGGAUCUAAUAUCGUUUAUAAAGACGUUCAAAAUUUUCCGGACAACAAAGGAACAGAUUUCGUUGUUGCAUUUAUGGAAAAUUUUCAAAGAGCGUUACCUGUCGAGCUUUUCAUAACCACUGCCAAACCUUAUGAAGUAAAGGUCGUAGUAACUUCUCCAAAAUGGAAUAUGCCUUCUGUGUAUGAGUCUUUUACUUUGACAUCUGGUCAAACAAAGCAAUUAUUCAUAAGCAAUGAAUUUCGUAUGUAUGGAACAGGCGAAAGUCAGAAGGCGCUCAGUGUGUCUGCCAGUGAUGAAGUUAUCGUUUAUGGCGUCAAUAAAGAACAAUAUUCUACUGAUGCAUUCCUCGCCUUGCCGAUUGAUGUCCUUGGCAGAGAAUAUUACACAGUAUCUCAUUUUCCCUCAAAUUAUAACACUGAGUUUCUUAUAUGCGGCGUUUUCGCGGAUACGUUUGUAGAAAUACGGAUAAAAAUGAGUGAUGAUUCUAAAAUUAAAUUCCGAUCGCAACGUUAUGGCAAUGGCGAUGUCGUCAAGUUUCAGAUAAGUCCAUUUGACACUGUUCAGAUACAAGCUCCAGCAGAUAUAACAGGGACAAGAAUUAACUCAAGCCAGCCUAUUGUGGUUUAUAGCGGAAAUAGGCGCACAAACGUUGGAUUUGGUACCAGUAAAGACCAUCUGGUUCAGCAAAUGACACCAACAAAUUCUUGGGGCAAAAGAUUUAUUACGUUACCUAUCCCUACUCGAACGACCGGUGACUACUUCCGGUUUAUUGCAAGCGAAGACAGUACCGUAGUAAAAACGACUGGAUUUGACUAUAAACUUAGUAAAAACGUAUCAUACACACUGUAUCUUUCAAAAGCCGGUGAUUUCUUAGAAAAAUACCACUCAUCAUAUCUGUACAGCUUUGUCACGUCUUCAAAGCCCAUCAUGCUGGUUCAGAUUGUGUCGAGCCAGGUUCUAGAGAUGGCCGACCCAGCCAUGACACUGAUCCCUCCGAUUGAACAGUAUAGCUCAGAAUAUGUCUUCACCACCCCAAAGUACUCAUUAGGCGAAUAUACCAACUAUUUUAUGUUUGUUGUGCACUCGAAAGAUGCAGACGGUUUACAAUUAGAUGGAGUGAACCUACCAUCAAGUCAGAUUUAUAGGCAAAUAAUAGGGACUCAGUACUUGGCUUCCCAUGUUUCAGUGUCUACUGGUUCCCACUCAUUUCGUCACACUUCACCAAUUGUGGUCUUUGGUGGAUAUAUUUAUGGACUCGCUAGGUUUGAAUCAUAUGGAUUCCCUGCCGGAAUGAGGUUGUCUCCAAUAAACACGCCGUGCAAUGUGACCAAUGGAGAUGUCCCAGAUGGUAUAGAUAAUGACUGUGAUGGGCUGAUUGACGAGGAAAUUUGUGAUAAAAAUUUAAUAGAUGACGAUGCCGACGGAUUUAUAGACGAAGAUUGUGCAAAGCAUCCACCGAUUGAUGGUCAGUGGAAUGCUUGGACAGCUUGGUCUGAAUGUCAGUUGUCUUGUGGAAAGGUUGUAUCCGAGAGCACAGGUACAUCCUUCCGGUCACGUGUUUGCAACAAUCCAAAACCACAGUAUGAAGGUUUACGAUGUCCUGGGAAAUCUUUAGAACUUAUUUCCUGUGUUCCAGAUGAUAUCUGUAGUUGCUGUCCGCCAGAUUUCAAUUGUGCUUCAAGCAACGGUACCACUCUUUGCUAUCAAAUACACGAGGAGCCUUCCAAAAUCCGAGAUAUAGAGGAAAAUUGCGAGUCAGAGGGGCAUCACCUCGUAAAAUUGAAUAGCAACGAAAAGGUUCUCUUAUUCAAAAAUAUGACGGCCAGUGUUGAAGGAUCGAGUUACCUUAUCCAAGGAGAAAGACUUGAAUAUCCAGGAGACUGGCUCUAUGAUGAUGGAUCUAAAGUGAGUGAUUUUUAUACGCAGUGGAGUAGUCAGUCCGACCCGACAUCAAUAAACAGUAAAAAGGAGUUCAUUGUCCUUCAUCCUAACAUGGAUUAUAAGUGGACUAACGAGGGAGUCGGGUUCUCUGUUUCAGGUUAUGUCUGUGAGGCAUAACAUUGACAAUGAAAAAGUAUUUGUU